ACUUCCCGUGGGAGAGGCCAAGAGCCGUAUAAAAAGCAUUGUGGUCUCCCAGUUCGACAUUCGCUCCCUUGGGACUUCUUCGCUCUUGACACAUCCGUUCAAGGAGAACUUACCUUCACCAGACAACUACCCCAGACUCCUGGAAAGAUGAGCCAGCAAAGACAAAGUGGCUGCUGUGGAUCCAGCAGAGGAUCGCCUGGUUGUGGACGUCGUGGCAGCGGCAGCGGCAGUUCAUGCUGUGGAGGCUCUUCUGGUGGAGGUUCAUCUUGUGGCCGUCGUGGCAGCGGCAGCGGUAGUUCAUGCUGUGGAGGCUCUUCUAUUGGAAUUGCCCAAGUCUCCGGAGGAUCAUCUUGUGGCCGUCGUGGCAGUGGCUGUGGAGGCUCUUCUCUUGGAAUUGCCCAAGUCUCCGGAGGAUCAUCUUGUGGCCGACGUGGCAGUGGCUGUGGAGGCUCUUCUCUUGGAAUUGCCCAGAUCUCCGGAGGAGGAGGAUCUUGCUGCUCUAGUGGAAGUGGAUCAGGACAAGGUGUUGUCAUUGUGUCGGGAGGCCAAGGGUCUUCCUGCUGUGGCAGCAGUGGAGGGAUCCAACAAAUCCGAAGCUCUGGCUGCUGCAGCGGUGGAAGCUCCGGUGGAACUGUCAUUAUACCAGCAGGUGUUGGUGGCCAGUCUUCUGGAUGCUGCGUUGGAGGGGGAUACGGCGGUGGGAUGAGCCAGCAAAAGAUUCCACUGAUUGAUGGUGGUUUUGGAUCUGGAGGCUUUGGCUGUGGAGGGGGCAGUGGGGGUGGAGUAGGUGGACAAUCCAUCAUUGUACCUGUACCUGUGAGUGGUGGCAGUGGGGGAUGUUAUGGUGGUGGAAGCUCAGGCGGACAGCACGUUAUUGCAAGUGGAAUCAGUGGUGCAUCUGGCUGUUGCAGUGGAGAUUCUGGUGUUGGUGGUGUCAAGGUUAUUGGGGGUGGAUCUGGUAGAGUCUCCCCUGUUUAUGGAGGUGGUGUAUCAGGUGGGGGUGUGAAGGUUAUUGGUGGGGGAUCUGGUAGAGUCUCCCCUGUUUAUGGAGGCGGUGUAUCAAGUGGGGGUGUAAAGGUUAUUGGUGGGGGAUCUGGUGGAGGAGGAUCCAUCUGUGGAGGUGGUGUAUCAGGUGGGGGUGUAAAGGUUAUUGGUGGGGGAUCUGGUAGAAUCUCCCCUGUUUAUGGAGGUGGUGUAUCAGGUGGGGGUGUUAAGGUUAUAGGUGGAGGAUCUGGUGGAGGAGGAUCCAUCUGUGGAGGUGGAGUAUCAGGUGGGGGUGUUAAGGUUAUAGGUGGAGGGUCUUGUGGAGGAGGAUCCAUCUGUGGAGGUGGUAUAUCAGAUGGGGGUGUUAAGGUUAUUGGUGGUGGAUCUGGUAGAAUCUCCCCUGUUUAUGGGGGUGGUGUAUCAGGUGGAGGUGUCAAGGUUGUAGGCGGGGGAUCUGGUAGAGUCUCCCCCAUUUGUGGAGGUGGUGUAUCAGGUGGAGGUGUCAAGGUUGUUGGUGGGGGAUCAGGUAGAGUCUCCCCCGUUUGUGGAGGUGGUGUAUCAGGUGGGGGUGUCAAGGUUAUUGGAGGAGGAUCUGGUAGAGUCUCCCCCGUUUGUGGAGGAGGUUCCGGUGGGCAAACCAUUGUUGUGAGUGGAGGAAGCAGUGGAGGCUGCUGUGGUGGUACAUCUAGUGGGGCUUCCGUUGUUGUUGGAAGUGGUGGCUCUUCCCAGGUCAAGGUUCCCCUUGUUAUUCCACCUUGCUUAGGGCAAACCAAGCAGGUUACCUCACUGCCCCCUUCCUGCAAGUAACAUGUGAGAAAGCAGAUGUCCCUCAACCAGCUGGUUGUCAUGUUCUGACAAUGUCCUUUCCAGCUGAUGAUCUCCUGCAUGUUGCCUACCUGGUGCUUCUCUUCAAUGGCAUUUUAUGAUUUGAAUGUUUCUCAUAAUUAAUGCACAGUGGACUACUCCAAAAUAAGUUAUGUUUUGUGUAUCUUUGUGGUGGAAGGGAAUGAAUAAGAAUCCCUUGCUAAUUCUGUUUUCCAUCUCCAUUGUAAUGCAUGGGAGAUAAUAAAAGCUUACCUCAAUAUCAA